AAAAAACUUGACAUUGACAACUCGCGGCUGGUUAUUUCGCAUACCUAGGUCCAUUAUCAUUACAAAGAAUUUCGGAAGCUUGUGUGGUUUUUACGAUGAGUUACAUCUUGAAAUUACUUCAGUAACUUUCUAGCUCACCAUGGAUCCAAACAUCUAUGCGCUGGUGCUAGACACCCUGAACCGGGCGACUAGUCAGGACGCAGAGGUGCUGAAGCCAGCCGAAAAGAAGCUGCAAGAAUGGGAGAUAGAACCCGGCUUCUACUCUGUCCUUCUGGAUGUCCUAUCCAACCACACCAUAAACGUGAACGUCCGCUGGCUCGCCGUCAUGUGCUUCAAGAACGGCGUGGACCGCUACUGGCGCCGCAACGCGCCGCACGCCGUCUCCGACCAGGAGAAAGAGAAACUGCGGCUCGGGCUGCUCACUCCUAACGUUCUUAGUGAACCCGUGGCGCAGAUAGCGACCCAGCAGGCAGUUCUCAUCGCCAAGAUCGCCAGAUUGGACUGCCCGAUGCACUGGCCAAACCUAGUUCCUGACCUGCUCGGAGCGCUGAAAGCUCCUCAGCCGCUGGUCCAGCACCGCUCCCUGCUCAUCUUCCACCACAUCGUCAAGGCACUGGCUUCCAAGAGGCUAGCUGGGGAUCGCAGGACAUUCCAGGAGCUCACAAACACCGUAUACUCCUUCAUCCUGAGCCUCUGGCACGAGAACACGGAGCUGUUCCUCCGCCACAUCCGAGAGGGCGCCACCACCGAGCUGAUCACCGAACACCUGGAGAAGGCCCUCCUCUGCCUCCGCGUCCUGAGGAAGCUGACGGUCUUCGGCUUCAGGAGGGCCCACGAGAGCCAGGAUGCCGUGGCUUUCCUCAACGUGGUGUUCGACCGGGCUAAGACCAGUCUAGAAUGUAGAAAACUCCUCAAAGGCCGCGGCAUAUACCCCCUGGAACUCUGCGAGAAAUUCAUCAUCCACCUAACCAAAGUUGCGUUAGGGGUCCUAGGGGUCCACCCCUUGUCCUACGUGCCCCUAAUCAGACCCUCCCUGGAGUUCGCCAUGUACUACUGCUUCACGGAACAGGGCAUGAGCUUCGUGUACGAGCGGUUCAACAUACAGUGCCUGAACAUUGUGAAGGGAAUUCUGCAAUGCGUGGAAUUUAAGCCGCCGAAGGGGGAUCAAGUCAAGGAACCAUUGACCCUGCAAGCCCACCAGAUCAAGAUGGAGGUCCUGGACACGGGCGCCGUGUGCCACAUGUGCCGGGUGCUGGUGGCGCGCUACUUCCUGCUGGCGGCCGACGACCUCGCGCUGUGGGACGCCGAGCCCGAGAGCUUCGCCACCGACGAGGCCGGCGAGAGUUGGAAGUACAGCCUCAGGCCAUGCACAGAAGCGGUGUUCAUGGAGCUAUUCCACGAGUUCCGCGACACGCUGGCCCCGGAGCUGGUGCGUCUACUCGCCGAGCUCCAACACACGCCAUCUGACGCCAGCGACCUUGACGCCAUCCUGAAGAAGGACGCCAUCUACAACGCUGUCGGACUCGCCGCCUUCGACUUGUACGACGAGGUGGACUUCGACGAAUGGUUCACGAACGUGUUGAGCCAAGAGCUGAAAAUAAAAGAUGACAACUACAGAAUAAUCAGGAGGAGAGUUUGUCAAUUGAUAGGCCAAUGGUGCGGCGUCCGCGCCUCCCCCUCCCUCCGCCCCGCCAUAUACAGCGCUCUCCUCCAGCCGCUCGCGCGACCGCAGGAAGACGCGGCAGUCAAGCUAGCGGCCGCCGAGUCCCUCCGGGCCACUAUAGAUGACUUCAACUUCGACGUGGACCAGUUCGCCCCGUUCGCACCUCACAUCCUAGCCGCACUCUACGAACUGCUGGUGGAGUCGGAGGAGUGCGACACGAAGAUGCACGUGCUGCACGUGGUGUCGUACGUGAUGGAGCGGUGCGGCGCGGCGGUGGCGCGCGGCGGCGGCGCGGACGCGCUGUACGCGUGCCUGCCGCAGCUGUGGAGCCACGCGCACAACCACGACAUGCUGCGGGCGGCCGCGCUAGCCGCCUCCGUCAACUUGCUCAAGGCCAUAGGGGAAUGCCCCCCCAACAUUCGUCCCUGGAUCCUAAACGUGGUGAAUGAGUCCACCAAACUGUCGGAGCCCGCGCACGUCUACCUUCUAGAAGAUGCUCUGGACCUCUGGCUCGCCGUGCUGGAGACUUCUCACGUGGCUGACGCGGCCACGCUUCAGCUGGCUGAAAACCUGUGUCCUAUACUUGAACAAACUUCAGAGCACCUCCGCAUAAUAGUGUACAUAAUGCAAGCCUACACCCUGCUCUGUCCUGAAGAGUUCCUACUGGGCGCUGGCGGCAAGUGCAUGAUGCUGUUAGAGGACAUGCUCGGCGACAUGCGCACUGAAGGUAUCCUGACGGUGUUAAAAAUGGCGGAGGUGUGCAUCAGCGUGUCGUUCCCUGAAAGAAACACGUUCCUGGGAGUCAAGGUCAUAUGGCCCAUCCUGCUCAGGGUUAUACACUGGCUAGACCUGGAUGACCUGCCGCUCGUGCUGUCAGUGGAGCUGUGCCUGAUGUCGCGCGUCAUUCUGCUCUCCACCGAUCUCUUUUACAAGGCGAUAGAAGACGCAGCGGCCACCAUGCCCGAGUACGAGUCGGACCCCACGAAGGUUCUGGAUAAGAUAGUCCACGUGUGGACCGAGAAGAUGAACCUGGUCACGCAGGUGGAACGGUGGAAGGUCGCUGGUCUCGGUUUGGCGGCCCUGUUGACAACCCAAAACGCAGUGGUGUUGGGCCGCGCGCCGGCGCUGUUGCUCAACCUCGCCGAGGUGUUGAACGACGUCAUGAAGACGGACGAGGCGGGCGUGCAUCAAGAUAGCCUGGUGUGCGCGGCGGGGUCGCGGCCCGCGUCGCCCCUGGAGGGGCGGGGGGGCGCGGCGCGGUGGGGGGCGGGGGCGGGCGCGGGGGCGGGGGGCGCCGACACGCCGCACGAGCUGCGGCGCCGCGCGCUCGCCGCCACGCAUCCCGCGCACGCGCUGGAUCUGCGCGCCGUCACACAUCAUCAGUUGGAGACCCUCAAAGCCCAAGUGGGUCCGGAGACCUUCGACCGAAUCCUGCAGUCCACCGACAAGGAGACCCUGCAACAGAUCAGGGAAUACAUACCUAUUUGAAUAUAUCUCAUCUAAGAAAAGGUAAGGCCUUUAAAUCACCGCUCGAGUUAUAGUCAA